AUGCGGGCCCAGAACUUGCUGUGGCGAAGCCCCUUCAGGUUCUUGGCGACGCGCAUCAGUGGACAGUCACGUACCUCCUCGACCAGCUUGUCAGUCCCUAAGGCUGUCGAUGCCUUCCAGUACGCAUCGCGGGAAGAGGAACGGAUCGUGAAGACUACGCUGCAUGAGUUGGGAACGCAAUCGGACAUGAAGCUCUCGCUGAAGGUCUACCACUUCCAAGAACUGUCCCGUACAUCCCUGUCGGACGAGACCCUGCGGCGGGACUCGCGGUACGUGCGCCUGAAGCAAGACUUGCGAGACGAGGUGUCCAAGCUAUCACCUGCGCAGCUCGUAGCAGCAAUGGUCUCCAGCGGCCGUUUGAGUGUGCGUGAGAAAGCACUUUGGUGGGAUUUGGCGCGUGCAGUGGAGAGGCAUACCGUCAAAACGCGCAGUGGCUUACCAGGCUUGCAGCACUCGCAGAUCUGUUUGGUCAUGUAUUCCCUGGGCAAGGCCGGCAUCAAAAUCAAAGAUCGCUUCUACUUCCGCCAUUUCAAGCUCAUGAUCAAACAUGCGGAGGUUUGGACAGAGUUUGAUAUGGCAUGGAUCUUGUAUGCGAUGCGCAAGCGCAGGCUGAAGCCGCAUUUUGAGGAUGACAUAAAGCAUCGACUGUGGGCCCAAGUGACCCGCGCCGUAGCAGCAUACUUCAACCAGAAGCUGCAUUUCAUAUCGCCACAAGGUAUUGUUUUCAUCCUGUACGAGUUUGCGAAGCAAGGACUGUACCCAGGUGAGUCAAUCUUCCGGGCAGGUCGCCGAGUUCGCAGGCAUAUCGGUUCUUUGAGCAACAAAGCCUUGGUGUGCCUUGCAGUGGUGCUAGCCCGGUUCGACUGGCCGCAGCGGCGUUUGCUGAAGAAGCUGAGCGCGGAGGUCGUCCAGUCACGACGCUUGGUGCAGCUGCACCCCAACAUGCUGGCCGUGAUUUUGCACGCCUAUGCAAGGUUAGGAGUUCGUGACCUAGCCCUCUUAGAAGGCACCACCGACAAGCUUUCUCGAUCCACCGAGAAGAUGGCCCGCAGGUCCACCACGAUGGUGGCCUACUCCCUAGGUCGAUUGGGGGUGCGUGGGCCCAUGUGGAAGCCACUUGCAGAUCGAAUUUCUGAGCAGAUCGACUACUACCCGCCCCUGGAGCUUGCCUUGAUCGCACAUGCUUUUGGCAAGGCCUCCGUGCGUGAGCGGAGCCUCCUGGAGGGCCCGCUCUCGGACGCCGCCCUGGGCAGCAUUAGUGGCUUCACCCCGAAGCACGUGGCCUGCCUGCUGGAUGGUUUGACCUUGGCAGGUUGCUUACGGGAAGAUGUGUUCAGUGCCUUCAUGGAGGAGUAUAUUCGCCUGGGUUCCAUCGGUGGUCGGCAGCGGCAGCUGAUGAUGGCCCGGAUCCUCUUCGCGGUCCUGCUGGAGCGCAAGCACCUGCUGGAAAACCGGAGUGCAGCAUGGCAGCCACUGCUGAGUCGGAUUCAGCAUGCCCCUGUGGACGCAGUGCCUCUGCCGCACCAUCGGGAACUCGCCAGCUGCGCCGUGGCUCUGUCGCUGGAUGCCCGCCCACGUCGGCGCAGGGGACCUUACGUCGUGGACCUGCACGUGCCGGUGGACGCGCACGUUCCUGCAGCCGAGGGAGCCAAGCGUGUUAUCUCAGGCUUGGCAGUCCAUCUCAUGGCCGAGGCAGAGUUUUGCCCUUUGACCGGGGAGCUCCUCGGACCCACUCGACUGCGACGGCGCCAGUUGGAGCGCAUGGGAUGGCAGCACUUGGGACUUCGGCGUAAGGAGUGGUUGGCGCUGCCUGACACUGAGGCAAGGGUCUCUGCUUUGGAGGCCCUGCUGCUGGAGCAUGUUCCGCUGCGCCGCCGUCCUGUUGCGGAGCAAAUGGCACUCUUGCCGGAAGGGCAGUCCACACAGCCAGGAAUGAUGUGGUGCAACUGCCAGAUGUGCCAAGGCCAUGGGUCUGGUUACGUGGGCGCGCCCAUCCUGGAGAGCAUCGGCGGGCACAAGGUCUCGGACAUGUCCGAGCUUGUGAGCCGGCUGCAACAGGAGGCGCGGGAGAAAGACUUUGUCGAGAUCGAGUUUACAAUGGCGGUGGGCCCCUACACAAUGGUGCUCAAGUCGGCGGACGUCGCGGAGGCUGAAGUACGCAUCCGCGAGCUCUAUCAGCUGCCAGCCCUUGCCUCGCGCAACCUUGAUGCCGAGCCCAUCCCGGCCAUCCCACCUUUGGUGGGCGUGGCCGCGGGAUGA